GUGUGAAUGUAUUGUGUUCUGUAUUUUUUAAGAAACAUCACAAACCCAAUUCAGUAAAAAAAAAACUAAAUAAAAUUGAAGUUAGUGUUCGAUAAAAACUUUGUCCAACAACAACAACAAAAUUCACGUGCAAAAUGAGUAAAACAUUGAAAAUUUCGAUUUUAAACCAUCCUGAAAAUGGCAUCGUUACAUUCGUGACUAAAUCACAAAUGAACUCAAUCGAUGACAUUAAAAAUGAAAUUUUCCAACGUAUGUCAGAGUUGAAAGAUCAACCAUUAACAUUUUAUUAUAAAGGUGACGACAACGACAAAAUAUCCAUUUUGAAUGGUAGUGAUUUCAAAUUAUUUCAAGAUCGAAACAUAAGAAAAUUGUUUGUUUCUCUGAAAAAUGUACCCAAUGAUGAAAACGAAACUGAAGCCAAAGUUGACAAUUUCAAUUUUAUCGAUGACUGGGAUGCAUCUUCGAGUAUGCAAAUAUGCUUGGCACCUAGAUCAGCAAAACUUACAUGCAAUGGUUGCAGUUCGUCAAUUCAAAUGAGUUACUAUAGAUGCUUACACUGUACUGAAUACCUUUUAUGUUUUAUGUGUCGGCCGAAAAUGUACAUUUCGCAUUUCAACUCUUGUUACAAACCGACACAAAAUACCACAAAUCACGUUAAAUCAAAAGAGAAGCCGAAUGAAAAGAUAAAUGUUUUGAAGGUAUUAAAUUCAUAUCCUGGCAUAGGAAUAUUUUCCAAUCCAAUAGAGAAACUUGGUGGGAGAAGAUCAUUUUGGUUAUAAUGGGUCUCUUAACGAAUGCACUCAAUUCUUUCGGUAAUAAUGAUUAUUCAAAAAUAAUGAGACCAGAGAGCAGCACAAAUGCAAUGUGAUUUCCCUUCUCUCAAUUAUAUUAUAUUUAAAAAAAAUAUGUCAAUAAAUAAUUUUC